CAGAUCCCACUCUUCUUCUCUGUCAUUUGUAGACCUUCGUUGUCUUCUCCAUUGACUCUUUCUCCUCAUCUCUUCAGUUCUUUUUAUUUCUGUUUUUGUGAAUUUCGGCCGGUUUCAUUUUAUCGACGGUAUUGAAAUUGGUGGGAAGGGAGAGAUCUGUUGUUGAUUUCAAGAAGGAAGAACAAGGGAUGAGUUAUUAUAAUCAAGGUCAACCUCCGAUUGGAGUGCCUCCACCUCAAGGUUAUCCACCAGAAGGUUAUCCGAAAGAUGCUUAUCCGCCGCCGGGAUAUCCGCCGCAAGGCUAUCCUCCUCCCGGUGCUUAUCCGCCUCCGGGAUAUCCUCCGCCUUACGCUCCUCAGUAUGCUCAAGCUCCUCCUCAACAGCAAAGUAGCAGCGGCCCUGGUUGCCUUGAAGGCUGUUUGGCUGCGUUGUGCUGUUGCUGCCUGCUUGACGCCUGCUUUUGAAGAGAAGGAUUUUGAGAAGUGUGCUAUGCUUUCAAAUUUAAGAGGCGAUUCCUCAGUAGAAUUUUUCCCUGGAUGAAAAAGAAAAAAGAAAAUGAAAUUGAAGAAACAAUUGGAGUUGUUAAUGAUUUGGGCCCUUUCAUUGUGAAGUUUUAAAUCUUACGGUUUAUUAAUUAAUAUAGUUUAGUGUCUGUUUGUUCUUCGUGCCA